UAGGUGGCGUUGACUCAGGUCGGAAUCCGUAGAAAGCAGAUACGACUGAGGAAGUCCGAGUACCGAGGCAUUGUGGGACGUCCGCCAUCUUGGCGUGGACUAACGUUGGAGAAAAGGAAAGACCGAAGAGAUUUCUGUCGUCUUCUACUUUCGUUAGAUAGUAUUAAGAAUUUUGGAAAAUUAUGUGGGCAGGAGCAGCUUGGAAUCAGUGGGCAUUACAACCAGCUACUUACCAAAAUGUUCCACAUGAACAAAUUGAUUGGGCAGCUCUAGCAAAGCAAUGGAUUCAAAUGCAGCAGAGAAAUCAAAAUGAACCACCUGUGGCUCCUCCUCCUCCACCGCCGCCUCCUCCGCCAUUAUUAGAAAAUCCUCAAAAUGGUAAUCCUGAAUCUCAAAGUUGUGAACUACCUCUGGUUCACUUGCCGCCACCCGGUCACGCACCGAUACCGGCCGUCGAAGGAAACGAAGAUUCGGGUCCAGUUGCUCCUCCGGGAGCGACAAUCUUUACCCCUGAUGAUGGGCUGAGAGACCUGAAAGUACUUGGGUUUAGAGAAGAUACUCUGAUGGUCUCCAAGAAAGCAGAAAAAGAUCCAAAUUUUGUUCAAGGAGAUAUGAUGGGGGGAUAUUGGGAAGGAUCUUGGGGGAUGGGAGGAUGGGUACCACCACCUGGAACAAUUCAGAAUUCUACCCCUGGAAAGGAAACUUUUGAAUAUGGUCACAUGGCUUCUACACCAACAAUUCCUCCCCAAACUUAUGAUUAUAAUCAUACGUCUGAUCAAUAUUCUUAUAAUCAAAUGUUUACAAAUGAUAAUCAGUACGAACAGUAUUGGCCUCAGGUCGGACCAAACACCAAUAUCGUGUCGGCUCCGUUUUUGAAAAGAAACAAGAUCGCUCCUCCUGGAGAACACUCUCCUCGAAGUGAGGAAGAAAUACCCCAGCUCGAUGCUGUGAAAAGAAAACAAUUGCCAGCUUGGAUUAGAGAAGGAUUAGAGAAAAUGGAACGUGAAAGACAAAGAAAACUUGAAAAAGAAAAAGCAGAUAAGGAACAAAUAGAAAGAUUUAAAACUGUGGAUUCUUCUCAAGAAAAAAUUAGUGGAGAUGACAAAUCUCUAUCUUCGGUUGAUGAAACACCCAUUAAGAGUAAAUUUGAGAGUGAAAGCGAAGACGAAACCGAAAGUAUAAAAGAAGAAAAAGAAUCCUCUCCACAAGUAAUUGUUCCCUCACCUGAAGUUGUAAAUAAAACAGAAGAAGAAAAACAACAAGAACUGAUGUUGAGAGUUAGAAGAAUGCUGACGGAAAUUUUAUUGGACGUAACUACCGAUCAGAUUCUAAAUGUUGCAAAAGAAGUUCACCAGAAAGCAUUGUCCAAAGCUCCAGCUCGUCAGCUGGCCACCUCUUCAGCUCUGGCUUCUAUUGCAAGUGGAUUGGGUGGACUUGCCGGAUACGGAACCGAUAGCGACAGCGUGGCCGACGAGGAGGGUUCCGACUCGGACGAAGAACUCCAUCACAUAAUACACGAGAAACGACGCACCUUUGCGGAGAAAGAAAAGUGGAUCGUUGCAUCUCUAGAAAAAGAGGAAGCGGCGGAAAGAGAAAAACAGAAGUCACACGAAGAGAGCAAACCGACGGACAGAAGCAGAAAGGAGAAGAAAGAGGAGGAGAAGUGCGGCUCGGUGUGUGCCGGCGCCGAGGCGGACAAGUCGGAGGCCGAGGGCAAACAGUCCGGCAAGGAAGCCAAGUCGGAAGCGGCGGCGGCCCGAGAGACUCGGGUGCGGGCGGCCCCGGAGGCGGCCAGAGCCGGCAAAAGCUCCGAGAGCAGCACGGACUCUGAGGAGGACAGCGCCAGCAGCUCGUCGGCCGACGGCUGCCGCGCCAGGAAGCGCGUCAAGAAGAAGGAGGCCAGGGCGGGACGACGCCGCAGGAGGAGCCGCGACGACUGCCGAGCUAAAAAGAGGGACGGCAGUCGGGAGGGCAAGACCGGCCGCGGCAGGGACGGGGAGGGCAAGAGGGAGGGCGAGGGACGAAGAAACGACGGCGGCGGAAGGAGCGGCGGCAGGAAGAGAAGCGGGCGCAGCCGCAGCAGGGACGGCAAGAGGCGUAGCGGCAGCAGGGACGGCAGCAGCGGCCGGGACGGCAAGGCCGGUUCGGGCGGUAGGUGGAGCUCCAGGUACAAACGCGGUCGGAGCGGCUCCGCCGGCAGAGAGGGCGGCGGGCGCGGGACCGGCGGGUCCAAAAAGUCCCGAAGAGAGGGCAGCAGCUCGCCUUCCAGCGGCUCCGGCAGGUCCAGGGCCUCCAAGAAGUCCAAGAAAUCGUCCAAGUACGGGUACCGACGCGGCGGUUCGGCCAGUCGAUCUCGCUCGCCCAAGAGGAGGAGGACCAGCGGGUCGGCCAGUUCCGAGAGCGAAGAGUCUGGUAAGAAGUCCAGAGAGAAACACAGGAAUAGGUGAAAGGCCACAAGGUUGUAUAUUUAUUUCUGUCUUUUGUUUUUCCUCCGCGCGGUUUAAACUUUUCUUCUCACGCCUAAAGUCCACCUUUUAAUCCCGCGCCCGCGCAUUUUAAUUGGUUCCGCGCGCGCGCGGAUCGAAAGACGACUUCCGCCGCGGCGGCGGUUUUAUCUCCGGUCGACCGAAGGGGGCGAAUUAUCCGGUAAAGACGGCGCGGUCAUCCAACCGUUCAAGUUUUAUAAAAACCCAGAUUAAAGUCUUUCCUUUAUAACUUCUCUUCGUGUUUUAUUUCCGACUCAAUUAACUUUAUUACCGGCGUCCUCCGCGCAAUUUCCGGUAACUUUCGCCUUUUUUUACUCCUUCGUCGGAGGCGGGCUGGGAAUUUCGGUCCCGUUCUCGGACGUCGGUCGAACCCGGGUGUGGGAUUCUCCGUUCGUCCCGGACGGAAAUAAACCGAAAAUGCGGCGUUACGGACCGCGGCGCAUUUACGCCGAACGCUUAAACCCCGCCGGGGGUACGACUGCGAGUGUCGACGACGCCGUCGGGACCUUAAAUUAACGGAGCCGCGGGAGCAAAAAUGUCAAUGGGCCAGAUCCGGUCCCCGAAAUCGGCAGCAGCCGCCGGCUCCGCCUAGACUACGGCGUUUUAAGUAUUUAGCCCCGGCGACUACGUCGGCUUCCGGUUACCCACUCGACGUCGUAUAGUGUUAAGAGGUGGGACGAUCGGCCCGGACGAGGCCGUGCGGGGAUAAUACGUCGUAGUACCGGUUGGAGGUAAAGACCGUUUUCGGUGGGUAGAAGUCGAGGCGUUUAUUAUUUUUUAUUGAAGACACCGGUGGUGCCUUCUCGACUUAAACGCGCCAAGGACAUAGGUGACAGAAGUGGGCUUCGAGCCGAUUUCGGGACCGUAUCCCGCCGAGGACGACAUUUGACGGAUACGGUUCCUUCGACUUUUUUGCUCCUACGUCUCCAUUAAUUAAGGUCCCGACGGCCUGGCCAAGGCGAGUUAUAAACUCCGUAACGUAACCGUAUCCGUAUUCGUAAAUGUUUGCUACACCGAAUAUCUAUAGCAAUAGUUGUACACUACCGUAAGGCCUUUUCCGAAACAAACAUUUUUACGGUUUACGAAGCAGUCCAUCGUGAGCAUGCGCAAAAUCAUCGGUAGUUAUUGCUACAUCUAACACUAUAAUUAUUUAUUCAUUUUAUUAUUUUUUUAUGAGCAAAUUAAUUGUUUUCUUAAAAUUUUAUAUUAAGAAGCGGCAUUGUCGGUCUAAAGUUACGUUUCCAUCAAUUUGUCAAAGUUUCGUCGGUUGCUUCCGGCACGACUUCCGAUUGUACAUCGACUGAUGGCGACUUAGCGCACGCGCAGUUGGUCAAUUCUUCGUAUCCCUACCGUAAAAGUCUGAUCGAUCCAAACUUUUUUUACGGAGUUUAUAACUCGACCCUUACCCACCGGGCGGCGGGCGCGGUCCCCAAGUUUUAUAUAACGGAAUUAAAGUCGCGCCGUCCAGUUCGGCGUUUGCGGACCGUUAUAAGCCGACUAACCGCUGGUCACUUGUCUUUGUAGGUGAUCCCCGGAGGAAGGACGUCGGAGGCCGGACGGGCUCCCCGACUUCGGACGGCGGCAGGACGAUCCGGUCGGACCCGGACGCGUCUUUUUAUAGCGAAUUACGGCCCGCCGGGCGGGAAAGGCGCCACCUCCCGUCUUCCCUUCCUUUCCGCUCGGUCGGACCUCCACCCGCGGCGGGCGGGGCCGGGUUUUCCGCCGGAAGAGGCGGCGGGCGCCGCCCGUGGCUUCUCCGGUUUUUGGGAAGGUCCGCCAGACGCGUCGGCGUACGGAGAGGACGGAAUCGGUUUCCGCGUCCCAACACGCGUUGCCGUGUAACGCGCUCCAUUUGUGUAAAAUACAAUUGUCUUAAAUCCGAGUGUGUGUCUCCUUCUUUCCUCCGAUAAAUCCGCGGCUGCCUUUAAAAAUUGCCUACAACGCGGUUUUCGUAUUUCGGACGUUCGUCACUUGCGUAAAAAUACGGAGAAAGCGAUUUCCGAGGCAUAGGUGCGGCCGAUUUCCGAAAUCUUUCCCGCCCAUCCGCGCUCGGG